UUUAUUUUUUUGACUUUGACUGCGCUUAUGCACACAAGUGCGAGAAAUUGACAGCAAUCAUAGAUAUUUUGUUGCAGUGAGUGUGUCUGUUUCCCCAUUCAGUGAUUGUGUGUACAUUUAUCGAGUAUUAGCAAAUACAAAAAUUAGCACAACAAAAGCGAAAAGCCAAACACACACACGCACGUACGCACCCCGUCACGCGGAUAAACCUUUCCACAGAACGCUGUAAGCGAAGAGAAGAAUAAGAAGCGAACCAUGUCCAGCGCCGACGUUGAGACGCAGCCGCAGCAGGAGGCGACAAACGGCAGCAGCAAAUUCGAUGUUCCCGAGAUAGAGCUGAUCAUCAAGGCCUCCACCAUCGAUGGACGCCGCAAGGGUGCCUGCCUGUUCUGUCAGGAGUACUUCAUGGAUCUGUAUCUGCUGGCCGAGCUGAAGACAAUCAGCCUGAAGGUGACCACAGUGGAUAUGCAGAAGCCGCCGCCAGAUUUUCGCACCAACUUCGAGGCCACUCAUCCGCCCAUUCUGAUUGACAAUGGCCUGGCCAUACUGGAGAACGAGAAGAUCGAGCGUCACAUUAUGAAGAAUAUACCCGGCGGGUAUAAUCUGUUUGUGCAGGACAAGGAGGUGGCCACACUGAUCGAGAAUCUGUAUGUGAAGUUGAAGCUGAUGCUGGUGAAGAAGGACGAUGCCAAGAACAAUGCCCUCUUGUCGCACCUCAAGAAGAUCAACGAUCAUUUGGCCAAUCGCAAUACACGCUUCCUCACGGGCGACACCAUGUGCUGCUUCGACUGUGAGCUGAUGCCACGUCUCCAGCACAUUCGUGUGGCUGGCAAAUACUUUGUGGACUUUGAGAUCCCAACACACUUGACAGCGCUGUGGCGUUACAUGUAUCACAUGUAUCAGCUGGAUGCCUUCACACAAUCGUGCCCGGCCGACCAGGACAUUAUCAAUCACUACAAGCUGCAACAGAGUCUCAAAAUGAAGAAGCACGAGGAGCUGGAGACGCCGACGUUUACCACAUCCAUUCCAAUUGAUAUUUCGGAGUAAAACUAUAUAUCUAAAUACAUAUAUAAAACAGGAUCGUGUUAAAUCGACCACUUAUAACUCUAGAAUGGCUGGACCGAUUUUCAUGGUUUCUGAUUUGAAUCGCGA